AUGUGGAUGUCAGAGGACAACUCUCAGGAGUUUAUCCCAGGGACUAAACUUGGGUCACCAGGCUUGCAGGACCAUGUAGACCGGAGAGUAGAGGACCGGUGGUGGAUAAAAUCAAAGAAGCUGAAGACCCCCAACAGGCGGCCUUGGCGGCAGGAGGGCAAGCCAAAGGAAGAGGGCAACACAGACGUUAGCGGGGCUGCACUGCGCCUGCGCAGGCCACAGUCACAGGAAGUGCGACCCCCCGCCUGGCACCAGGCCGGAAUCGACUCCCUGGACCCUGAAAAGUUACUACAGUGCCCCUAUGAUAAAAAUCACCAGAUCAGGGCCUGCAGGUUUCCUUAUCAUCUUAUCAAGUGCAGAAAGAAUCAUCCUGAUGUCGCAAACAAAUUGGCUACUUGUCCCUUCAAUGCUCGGCACCAGGUCCCCCGGGCUGAAAUCAGUCACCAUAUCUCAAGCUGUGAUGACAAAAGCUGUAUUGAGCAGGAUGUGGUCAACCAAACCAGGAACCUUGGACAAGAGACUCUGGCUGAGAGCACAUGGCAGUGCCCUCCUUGUGAUGAGGACUGGGAUAAAGAUUUGUGGGAACAAACUAGCACCCCGUUUGUCUGGGGCACAGCCAGUUUCUGUGGCAACAACAGUCCUGCAAACAACAUAGUUAUGGAGCAUAAGAGUAACCUGGCUUCAGGCAUGCGAGUUCCCAAGUCUCUGCCCUAUGUUCUGCCAUGGAAAAAUAAUGGAAAUGCACAGUAACUGAACAUCUUUUUCAAGUAAGUAUUUGUUUCAUUCCAUUGUCUCUUCAGAUGACAGCAAGAUUUAACUGGUCAUAAAGCAAUUUGAGUCCAAUUUUCUUUCAGAUUAUGAUACCAAAUUAAAGCUUUGUGUGUGCAAGUGUUUUUACGUAUAUAGCCUCUAUAAUGGC